GGCGCAACGGUAGUUGACUUUUAAAAUGGUCGUUACAAGUAUUGCUUUGUGGUCUAAACAACUGCAAUACAAUGGAUAUUGAUAUUUUCUGAAAUUAAUUAAAAAUAACAUAUAAUUCGUAAAUACUAUUAUACUAUUUAUAAGUCUCAUAUAUUGAAAAUAAAUAAAAAUGGGUCAUCCUGGAAAAAAAUCAGGACAAGACAGGAAUAAGAAUACAGCUAAGUUUUUAGAUUUGAAAAGAGAUACUCAUGCUAGAUUGAAGUCUCUAAAAAAUCUUCUUGAUCUUUUUAUUGAAAACGAAGAAAAAGAGUUUUUUGAGACAUAUUCAUCAGAGCUAUUUUUUGUAUUUUAUGAGGAGUUUACUAAUGUAGAACUAAAUGCUAAAUAUAGAGGAGCAAAGUUAAAAGAUGAACUUGAAGAUUUGCUUACGCUUUUAGAGAAAAUCUUUAUAAAUUUACCAGAUAAAAUCCAUUCAAAGUGGCAUUUUAAUACUAUUGGUUUAAUAUUACGCAAACUUUUACAUCAUGGUAACAUUCAACCAAUCAGAGAACAAGCAUUAUCUUUGUUUAUUUUGUGGCUGCAGAUAUUACAAGAAAAUGUAGAUGAUAUUAAUUUAGCUAUAUUUGGAAGCAUUAUUGCUUUUUUUCCAAGUCCUAUUACAGAGCUUAUGAAAAAUAAAACAUUGAGUCAUUCCCAGAAGGAGAUAGAAUACUCAAUAUCAUGUGUCAAUGGCCAGGGCUAUACAUCAACAACCUUUACCUCAUGUUUAGAAAAUGAGAAAGUUUCCAGAAAGACCUUCAUUUAUGCUUGAACCUAAAAAAGAGAAACAUUCUGAUCUCUUAUCGCCUGAAGAGAUAUUAUCAAUAGAUGAUUGUUCAACAAUGCUACGAUCACCAUCAUACAGAGAAGCUGUACAAAGCUGUGAACAGUUAUUUUUUCCUAACAUGCCUCUUCAAAAUGUUUGUGCUGGGUUGCAGUCUACAUGUCGUCUAUUUAUUGCUAUGACUUCACAGGUUUUUUUCCUUCAGCAAAAAACAGAAUUUAUCCUAAAACACGUGGAUGUGUGUAAAAGAAUACUAAAAAUCUUUCGAAACAUGGUGUUGGAAAUGCAUUUAGACGCACAGACAUGGAGACAACUUUUAGAGGCUCUUCUCAAAAUUACUGAUAGCGUUUUAGAAAAAAAAGUUCCUCACCCUAAAAGCUCUACCCUAGGAGGACAGUUAGCUGGGUACUUGCUGCAGACUUUGUUUGUGACCUGGAUUCGUGCAUCUUUAGAAGUAUAUUUAACUAAAGAACUCUGGGAUGAGUUGUUACGUGUUUUGACAUCACUUACCAAUUGGGAGGAGUUAAUUAAAGAAUGGGCAUCUACAAUGGACACUUUGACAAGAGUAAUGACAAAAACAGUUUAUGGAAUAGACUUACAAGACCAACCUCUUGAAAAGCUUACUCAUCGCAGUAAAGUAAAAAGAUUUGGUAAUGAUAAGCCAUCUCAAAUCCUUAAUGAUCAGAGUCCAAUGGUUAAUAAAACUUGGAAUUCUGCCCUUUCAAGUAUGAGUACUGAUUUUUCACAAGUAAAACCUAAUGCAGACAAAAGCAUCUUACGAUGUGCUUCAGAACCUGGAGACUUACACACAUUUGAAUCAAAUAUAAUUGCAACUGACUCACCAAAAAAGUUAAUAAAGCAACAAAAUAUUGAAAGCGAUUUUCGUCCAAGUUUUUCUGAUUUGCACAUUGACCCUCAAUCAAGUUUUGACAGUAUAAGCAGCAACAAUGUUUUAACUAAUUCAAUGAAUUCUGAUACAGAUUGCAAAAGUGAACACAAAGAACAUCAAUUAGAUAAUGAUUUGGAGCUAGAAAAAGCUAAUGAAUUGCAAAUUUCUUAUACAAGACUUAAAGGACAUACCGACAGUGAACUCUCGUUGUUAAAUAUUCAUAUGACAGAAAGUCUUGUAAGUAUUUCCAGUUAUCUCAACGAUUCAAGUCAAAAUUUAGUUAGCCUUGAGUUUGGUAUAGACGAUGAAGAAAAGUUGAAUCCUGUCACUUCAAACAAUGACCUAGAUUUUUUUCAAUCCUCGCAAUUAUUUUUAUCAACAGAAAAUUUAACUACUUCGCCGAGAGCAUCUCUUUCUUUAGAAAACAAUCUUAUUAAUUUUGAAAUUGAUGCUGUCAAAGAAUCAUCAAAACACUCUGCAGACGCUGAGAGUGUUGGAAGCCGCAAGUUUUCUCUUAUUGAUAAUGACAAUCUCAGUGAAUUAAAAUCUCCAACAUCUUUUACUCAAAGUGAAAUUUCAGAAGAGCAAUUUGAAAGUGCAAUAAAUGUAACUGUUUCCCAUGUCAGAUUUGCUGCAGUAGAUUCAAGCACAAUUAAUGUUUCAGAAGAUAGUUUUGAAGAAGAUGACAAUGAGGAGAACAGUGUUGUUAAUGGUGGUGAUGUUAAAGGUUGGACAAAAGUCUCUUCCAUGAUAUUGUGGCAAAGAAUACUAUGUAUAAUGGGAAAUAUUAAUGAAAUAAAAGAUGCAGAAAUUCAUGCAAUUGUCUUUAAAGAGUUAAUACAAAUUUGGUCAAUGCUAGAAACAGUGAAGCGUAAUCAAGGAAUCAGCAUUGAUAAUAAAAAAACACCUCCUCCACCAAAGUUAACACCACCAUUAUUUUUUUGCUCAACGUGGUGCUUUCAAGCAGCUUGUUCUGGGAAUACCACCCAUAAAUCAGGAGUUGUUUUAGCUUAUAAACUUGCUUGUAAGAUGAUAGUUAAAAGUCAUGGUUUAAAACCAUCAGUUGAUCAACUUCUUUAUUUUUUUCAAACCAUUCAUACUGGUUUAACAUCAUUUGAUCAGGAUUUUAUUAAUGCGAUUGUUGGCGAAUGUGCAACUAUUUUUUCAUUGCCGAUUGAUGGCAUAUCAUGUCUAAUACCAGAUUUUAUUACUGCUUGUAGUUCAGUUUUAUAUACACAAUCCAUGAAUUUUCCACACCAUGAAGCAAUUACAAUACUUGGUUCUUUAAUAUGUUUUUCGUCUAUGUUCCCUGAAAUGAAAAUUUAUCAGCCUGGUGUAACUUCUGAGCUAAAAAUUUUAGUGCUUGGGAAAGAAAUUAGAGAAAUGAUAUUGGCUCCAAUGAUUAAAGCUGCUAAGUGUGAUCCUUCUUGUAAAACAAGAUGUGUUGCUCUUUGUUGUCUUGGAGUACUUGUUAUUGAUUCAUUGAUCCAUUUGGGUGGCCACACUCUAGUACAUGAUUGCAUUGCACUUCUAGUCAGUAUAUUGGUGUUUCACAAUCAUGUUGUGUCUAUGGUUGCUCUAGAUGUAUUGUUUUCUUUGACAUUCUACUAUAAAGAAAUGAAUAUGUUUGAUACUACAUUGCCACUGAAAAUUGUUAUGGGUGUAUCCCAAGUUAUACAUCAUUAUUUAGAAGCACCUUCGCUGGAAGUAUCUAAAUGCUCACCAGAGUUUCUUAGUAAACUUGUGUUAUGUUUGCUUGAAUGGUUGAUGGUUAUACCUCAAGAAGAUGUUCUAAAAUGUCAUUUGCAUGUUGAUGGUGCACUUUCUUACUUUGAUUUUGCUAUGAAAGCAUUUAGUGAGUGUUGCAAAAAGAAGGAACAUGAAAGCCAUUACUCUGAACGUAAACCAAUCAACAUUAAUCAAAUUUUUAGGGGUGAAAAUCAUCCUAUUCAAAUAGAAUGUGUUCAUAAUGAUUUUCAGGAUUUAUCAAAUGAAACUGACACAAGCUUUGUCGGCAUAGAAAUAGAUGAGAGAAAAAACAGAAUGGUCAAGUUGACUGCAGAAUAUGCCAUAGCACAGGUGUUAAAUUUUUACCAUCUUUUCCCAUUGUACACUGGUGCAGUGCGACCAAGCAGUUUGAUUGUGGAGACAGAUGAUCAUGUUAUUGAUGAAAAUCAACUUUUGGAAGCAACAAAUGUUCAAUACUUGUUAAUAAAUGGAACAAUUUUAUUGACUUUGAUAGAACUUCCACAGGUGGAAUAUUUUAAACGAAACACUAACCUUGAGGGGUUAAAAACAAUAAGCAGAUUUAUUUUGCGCGAUUCUACUGGAAAACAUUGUUGGGAUGUCACAGAUAUAUUUAAAUUUGUUGAGCCAGAUAUUCAUUCAAUACAAGAUUUUAAUGUGAAUAAGAAACAUAGCAAUGACAGAAAACACAGUAGAAAUUUAUCAAUAUCUGGUAUGAGACUUCCUUCUAGUAGUUCUUCACUUUUGCCAACAUGGGAAACCGUAGAUAUAAAUACAGAUAGAGUUGACCAACUGCUUCGUUAUAUUGGGCACUCAAGUCCUGAAUGUUUGCUUUACUCAGAUCAGCCAUUAAAUAUGCCAGCUCCUGUACCAGUUCCAUUAAAUGUCUCUAUACAACCUUUGAUUGUGACAUCAGUUUUAAAGCAGCACAAUGAAGAAGAAAAUUAUGUCCAUGAAGUGGCUCAUGAUCAUCGUAUUAAUGCUUCAGAAAUUGUGCCACCUACUUUUCAUGAACCAACAUCUGAAUACCAUCUCUCAAAAGUACUUUUACAUCAAUUAGGUUAUUUUACAUCUGAUAAAAGAAAAAGUAUUGAACUUCUGGAAAGAAAUGAGAAGUUAUUGAGAGAUAUUAAAAAUCUUGACAAUCGACCAAGUCGUGAAACACACAAAAUUGCGGUUUUCUAUGUUGCUCCAGGGCAAGAAGAUAAAACUUCGAUACUAUUGAAUUCUCAAGGCAGUGCUAAGUUCGAAGACUUUUUAAGGGGAAUGAGUUGGGAGAUUAGCUUAGCUGAUCACACAGGUUUUAUGGGAGGUUUAGAAAAAAAUCUUUCAACUGGAGUUACUGCACCUUAUUUUGCAACACACUCUCUUGAAAUUAUUUUUCAUGUUUCUACUAGAAUACCUGGUGGUGAUGAGGAUUCAAUGAAAACAAAAUUACGCCAUCUUGGAAAUGAUGAAAUUCACAUUAUAUGGUGUGAACACAAUAGGGAUUUUCGAAGAGGAAUCAUAAACACAGAAUUUGGAGAUGUUUUAAUUAUUAUUUAUCCAUUAAAAAAUGGUUUAUAUAGAAUUCAAAUUGAUUGCAAAGAAAAGAUACCGCCGUUUGGACCUUUGUUUGAUGGUGCUAUCAUUGAUGAAAAAUUACUUCCCUUAUUAGUAAGAAGCACUGCGAUUUCGGCUGGAAGAGCUAAGCGAACAACAAUACCAUUAUACAAUCAACAUUUUGAGGAACGUGCGCGUUGCAUUCGUGACAUUUCAAAAAAUCGUGUUCAUCCUGCUUCUUUUGAAGAAUUUUGUGCAAACAUUUAUUCACCUGGAAUUAUUUUUGAAGAACAAGAAAUCCAAGAUGGCUUUUCACGAGCAUUAAGCCUUCCUGCACGCAAGACUUCUCUAAAUGAUUCAGUAUUAAAAAUUUUAGAUUUACCUGAACAUCCCUUCCGUGAGCGAGUAGGAAGUACAUUAAAGAAUAAAGAUCUUAACAAGUUCCCAAAAAGCGUGUCCAAUAUGUCACUUAACUUAACUGAACCAGAUGAUAGUUACAAGGAUAGAAGAAAAUCAAUACCAAAGAAAUUUAAAAAUAAACUAAAAACGUCUUUUGCAACCGAACUUCCUGGUGUUGUGGAAAAAACUUUAUAAAAAUAUUUUAGACUUUUUUAAAUGGACAAAAUGAUAAUAAUGAUUGGGUUAUGAUAAAUGAAAUAUUUAACUUUUUUAAACUAUAUUUUUUGUUUGUUUCAUAAAUAUAACAUUUACUUACUUUUAGAUUCAUUUUCAGAAAAUAAGUAGGGAUAUGGUGCUGGAAACUUUAUCCCUGCAUUCUGAAAAAUGAAGAAAAAAAAUGAAGUUUUGUAUUUUGACUUUAAAUUUUUCAAAGCUCUAAAUUAUUUUUGUAUUAUCUGUGCUUUGAAGAUUUUUGCCUUAAAAUAUUUC